AAAAACUGUGUUUGUGUAUCUGGAGCCACAGCUCAGUGGGACAUUUGUCUUGUUUGAAGAAAAGUGAAAGUUUUCAGUUGAAUGGAGAUGAAAUGGACUAAAUAACUGAUUCCACAUCAUCACAUCAUCCUUCUCUUCAAAGACCCAAAGAGUUCAGAGGUCAAAUCAAAGUCCACAUUUCUUCUCAUCUCUUGAGUCACCGAUGGGCUCAAUUCACGGGACUAUUAACAUAUUAAAAAGCAUUCAGGUGUUUGAUGGCGGCUUCAGGCUCGCGUUUCUGUUUAAAACUGGAUCCUGGAGGACUCUUGGCCACUUGGAAGCUUUCUGGAAACUUGUUGAAUCUUAGAGUAACAUCAUGGACGGAAGCAAAGUGUCGGACUUCAGCAUCGAGCGCAUACUCUCGCCGCAGCUCGGACGCAAGCCGCUGGUGAUGGAGAUUUCACCGGACGGUUAUCUUCCGGAAGCCCCCGGCGGAUUCAGUCUGGUCUCCGGGAACGUCACACCUCCUGCCCCGGUCCCGGUCCCAGUGCCGGUGCCAGGCUGCCUGCAGUACCGAGGGAUGAGCUGUGUAGAGUCGUGCUACCCGUAUGGAGCCGGUUUCCAUCGCACAGACUUGACCAACAUUUAUCCAACCCCUGGAGUGCAUGCGCACUUCAGCAGCCGGGACUCUGCAGAUGUUCAGGCGUUACCAGGUUACCUUGGUUACCACCAGGCCGGGGUGUCCGCGCAGUCGCAGCAUCGUCAGAAGGCCCGGAUGAGGACUGUGUUCACCGACAGUCAGACCAAGCAGCUCGAGGCGCUGUUUGAGCUUACCGACUACCCGGCUGUGGAGGUGCGCGCUGAGGUGGCGAGGCGCACCGGGCUGAGCGAGGAGACCGUCAGGGUGUGGUUCAAGAACCGCAGAGCCAGGAGGAAGCGGCAGCGCAAUGGGUCAAGGGUCAGAUCUCCCUCCCCUCCCCCCAGCGCCGGUGCAGAGAAGGCCUUCUCCACCUCCCUCCUGUAAACCUCAGACACUGUCCACCUGCUACUUGGAUGUCAAAAGGAACCCGUGCUCCCCUCUCAUGACCGCAUUUUGCUCAAGGACACUUCAGCAGCGUGGGCCCCCACUGGAAUGUGCUGUUAAACCAACAUCUGCUGGACAUUUUUAACUGUGCGGAUGCAUUCAGGUGCUGCUGGAGAAAUCAGACACCCGAGGCUCCAAACCUAGCGGACUCUUACAGUAGCUAUGACAUGUUUAGGGAGAGUUGUUGGCCUUAGCUGCAGUUUUAUUCCUACUGAGUGACUUCUGGUUUUCUAGUUUUAAAUUAUUUUGUAUUUCUAUGUAAUUUAUUCAGAUCAGUAUAUAAAAAUGUGCAGCAUGUUUAAACACAAGCACCUUUUGUAACCUGUGGUGGUGUUAUUUAUUUGAAUUGAGUUGUUGCUAUUGUUGCUUCCUUAACUGCAUUAGACAUGUUUUAGAAACUUGAUUAGAAACACAAACGCCACACUGCAUCAUUUAUAAUGAAGCUCACAAUCAGUUUCUAACAUGUUAAUCUAAAAAUUAACAACUAGGUGUGAGUGUUAACCAUGUUGUGGGGUUUUUCAAGACCUGAAAAAGCUAUGAAGAAAAGAGGUUAAGUUAAAUUUUUCAUUUGAUGCUGCUUUUAAUCCUGAACAUUUCUGACAAAUAUUUCUACUCCACAUUAUCUGGCAGUUCUAACAGAUUUACUGUAUAAUUAACUGUUCUCUAGUGUAUUAAAAGCCCUGCUAAGAAGUUCUGUUUUCCCAUGUUUAUAUUUUCCUUACAGGUAGGUCAUAAAUGAUGUCUUUGUGAUUAGGGGUUGGUCUGGUCAGUGCUUCACUUACCUGGGCUGCAGCCUUUGUUUUUCUACAAAUGAAUAUGAUUUUCCCAAGAUACUGUAUAUUUAUCAGGCACUUGUGCACUUUUAUAGUGAAAAAGAAGCAAACAUCAGCUGAGUGUGUUUAACCAUGUCAUUAAGACAUUGUUUCUAAGACUAAAUGAUAAUCACAUGACAUACAGUAACAUACAUAUGAUGCUGAUGUUCAUUUGUAUCUGCAAUUACAUUUCCGGGGAGUGACCAUUGGUCAUAUAUUAUAUUGGAGGCUGCAUACAACAUGCAGAAGUGUAGAAAAUUACAGA